GCUCCAGGACCCCGCCCACGCGCCCCGCCCCUGUGCGGGCCCGCCCUCCUGUUCCUGUGAAGCCCCCGCUGUCCUGGCCACCUUGCGGUGCUGUCUGCUGGGUCUCCACGCUCACUCGGCUUCCUCGGCGACCUCGCCCCUCAAGACAUGGCUGCCCAGUGUGUCACCAAGGUGGAAUUAAAUGUUUCCUGUGACAACCUUUUGGAUACAGAUGUAACAUCAAAGUCGGACCCUUUAUGUGUGCUGUUUUUGAACACCAGUGGCCAACAGUGGUAUGAGGUUGAACGGACAGAAAGGAUUAAGAAUUCUUUAAGCCCCAAAUUUUCUAAGACAUUUAUUAUUGAUUACUACUUUGAAGUGGUUCAGAAAUUGAAAUUUGGAAUUUAUGACAUCGACAACAAAACUAUCGAGUUGAGUGACGAUGACUUCUUAGGAGAAUUUGAAGUCACUCUUGGACAAAUUGUUUCCAGUAAGAAGUUAACUCGACCACUGGUGCUCAAAAAUGGCAGACCUGCAGGGAAAGGGACUAUUACGAUUUCAGCAGAAGAAAUCAAGGAUAACAGAGUGGUCUUGUUUGAAAUGGAAGCCAGAAAACUGGACAAUAAGGAUCUGUUUGGAAAGUCAGAUCCAUACCUGGAGUUUCACAAGCAGACCUCAGAUGGCCACUGGCUGAUGGUUCACCGAACAGAAGUUAUCAAAAACAACCUGAAUCCUGUGUGGAAGCCUUUUAAAAUUUCUCUUAACUCUCUGUGCUAUGGGGAUAUGGACAAAACCAUUAAGGUAGAGUGUUAUGACUAUGACAAUGAUGGAUCACAUGAUCUUAUUGGAACAUUUCAAACCACCAUGACAAAACUCAAAGAAGCCUCCAGAAACUCCCCUGUUGAAUAUGAAUGCAUAAAUGAAAAAAAGAGGCAAAAGAAAAAAAGCUACAAGAAUUCAGGUGUUAUCAGUGUAAAGCACUGUGAGAUUACUGUAGAAUGCACAUUUCUUGACUACAUCAUGGGAGGGUGCCAGCUGAAUUUUACUGUGGGAGUGGACUUCACCGGCUCCAAUGGUGACCCCAGGUCUUCAGAUUCCCUGCAUUACAUCAGCCCUAAUGGUGUUAAUGAGUACCUGACUGCCAUCUGGUCUGUGGGAUUGGUAAUCCAAGAUUAUGAUACUGACAAGAUGUUUCCAGCUUUCGGCUUUGGAGCUCAGGUGCCUCCUCAGUGGCAGGUGUCUCAUGAAUUUCCGAUAAACUUUAACCCAUCUAAUCCCUACUGUAAUGGAAUCCAAGGCAUUAUAGAGGCUUAUCGGACCUGUCUUCCUCAGAUAAAACUCUAUGGACCAACUAAUUUUUCUCCAAUUAUCAAUCACGUGGCCAGAUUUGCAGCUGCAGCCACACAGCAGCAGACAGCAUCUCAAUACUUUGUGCUCUUGAUUAUCACUGAUGGCGUCAUCACAGACCUUGAUGAAACCAGACAUGCUAUUGUCAACGCUUCCAAGCUGCCGAUGUCAAUCAUCAUUGUGGGAGUUGGGGGCGCUGACUUCAGUGCCAUGGAGUUCCUUGAUGGUGAUGGAGGAAGUCUCCGCUCUCCAUCAGGAGAGGUGGCCAUAAGGGAUAUUGUUCAGUUCGUGCCCUUCAGACAGUUCCAGAAUGCUCCAAAAGAAGCACUUGCUCAGAGUGUCUUGGCAGAGAUUCCCCAGCAGGUGGUGGGCUACUUCAACACAUGCAAACUCCUUCCUCCCAAAAACCCAGCUGCAAAAUAGAAGAAGCCAGGAAAACUCCAGGAUUCAUAAGCUGUAUGGAACAAUGUCAUCUCUUAUGCAGAAUGAUAUAUCUACUUUAUGUGCAUUUCACCCCCAGUGUUCCUCAUAUAAACCCAACUUUUUAUAUGUGUUUUACCUGGUUAAAACAUUUUAUACUUUUUGAAGAGGACAGUAGCAAGUCCAUAACUGAUCAAUAAAUUCAGUGAUUGUUAGUGAUUUAUAGAAACUUUCAGAGCUCUAUUUGGAAUUGAAUUUGAUGUGGGAAAAGAAAUCCAUUUCCUCUAUCUAAUGGCAUAAUUGGGAGAGAUCAUUUUUAUUCUUUUCUUGCUAUGGUCCUGUGCAUUGAUUUGUAUAGUUCUUUUUUUUAAAGAUAUUUUUGCCUUUUAAAAAUAGUAUUUUCAUUUUCUUUAAACAUAUAGUUUGAAUUAUUUAUUAAUCAAUUCCAUUUUCAUUUCAAUAAUGUACUGGUUCCUAAGUCCAGGAUGUAUUAUGUUAAUCAUAAAACCUGAUAGAAUGUUUAAAAAGAAAAACAAUACCCUUUUCUAACUGCCACAUUUAAAUAGUGUGGAGUUAAUAUGCUUGUUUUGAAGAAUAGAAUUAUCUCAACUUUACCCUUUGAACUGCUUCUUGACCACCACAUUUUUUGGAAUGGAUUCUGUAGCAUUUGCCUGAAACUCUGGAUGUCAGAUACUUUGCCUGUCUGUGCAGUGGCCAAUCAUGAGUAACAUUUUAACAUUUAGAAUUGUGUAUUCGUUACAUACUCUUAAGUGGAUGUCCAGCACCAGUCAGCGCUCCUGUCAGUGUGACUGAGUCCCUCUGCUGCUGCCUGUGUCUUGGUUCCCUGCAUGCUCUCAGAAAAAAAGUUAGUCUGUGUAGUAAAAUGGCUAUAAUUCAUAGUACAUUAAGUAACCUGAGGUUUAUUGGUGUUGCAUGGCACAGUGGUGUUCAGGACUUUUCUUUGGUAUACAGUGGGAGCCAAUACAGAAAUGACUUACAGAUUCUCAGUGUAUGUUAAGUGGUAGCCGAGGGGCUUCUCUGGCUCUGAAGCAGGGCUCACUGGCUUGCUCAGCCCCAGAGGGUACUCAGAACUAUAGGCCCUUCGUGUUUUUAUUAGGCUUCUGGCAUCCAUCUUCCUGCCAUUUGGUCUUUAACCAUUUUAUAUUCUGGCUUACCAGAAUUUUAAAAUGGUUUUUCUUUAAAUGACUCAACUUUAUUGGGUUUUUAUAGAUAUGUUAUUUGUAAGAGCUGUGAUCCUGGCAAAUUAAUCCAUGUAUUAGUUGCAGUUUGAAAUAGGAGCAUUUACAACUUAUAAAAUUGUCAUUUUAUACAACUCUUAGUUUCAGCACUCAACUUCAAUCUAUGCUAUUUUAUAGUGUUUUGUAUUCAAAUAUUUAUUUUCCUUGUUGUGCCACUAUUUGAACAAAUGCCAUUCAUUCAUUCUUUUUUUUUUUUUUUUUGGUUUUACAAGAUAGGGUUUCUCUGUAUUGUUUUCAAGGCUGUCGGUCCAGCCCAGCCUUGAACUCACAGAGAUCCGCCUGCCUCUGCCUCCCUAGUGCUGGGAUUAAAGGCGUGCACCACCACCACCCGGCUGCCAUUCAUUCUUAAAGUGACAAUCUAGAAUGAAAAUCACCAAAUUGACUUUCAUUUCUCUAUAACCACAUAGGUACAUACAUGGUCAUGCCAUGCAUAGACAUGAUUUCUCACAUGCAUUUAUUCAGAAAGUGUUUCCAUUGGCCUUGUCUACUCAUCUUCUGUUUAUGAUUGAUUUUUUUUUAAAGGCCAUUAAAACUUUUAAGUCUUUGAGGGAUUUACAUAUCUUCACUUUAGAUAGUGCUUGAUGGGCUUUUCCAAAGCAGAUUCAGGGCCUCAUUGCUGCUGCUUUGCUCCAUUCAUACAUUUCCUAGAAAACCAUCUUCAAGAAUACUCUCUAGUUUGUUUUUCAUGAAGGUGGUGUAAGGUAAGCUAGCAGUUGGGUGAAAGUUGUAAGCAGUUGUGUGGCUGUGUAUGGCACAGUAUGUGUAUAACUUACCAAUACAUGAAUUCAUGUCAAAUAUAUCUUCUGUGUAAAUUCCCUUUGGAUAAAGUUACUUCUUGAUGUAA